AUGUCUUCUAAGCGCUCAGAGGCCCUCCUCCGUGGUCUCUCGCUUGCUCUGCUAUUUGACUGGACCUCAACAUUCAGUCUUGUGUUUGGUGGUUGCUGCAGCAAUGCCCUCACCCUCGAACGCAUAACACAGACUCAUGCCUCUGCCGGUACUCUCCUCACCUUCGCCCAAUUCGUGGUCAUUUCCAUUCACGGCCUACCCAAAUUCAUCACAACAAUACGUGGACCACUUGGCAUGCCAAUACCAUGGCUGAAACGGCGCCGAAUUCCGCUCACACCCUAUCUCAUUCAAGUUGUUUUAUUCUAUGUCAUCUCGCUCUUGAACAACAAGGCCUUUGCCUUCCGUAUUCCUAUGCCAGUACACAUCAUAUUCAGGAGUGGAGGUCUGGUCAUCAGUAUGGUUAUGGGAUGGCUGAUCUCCGGUAGGAGGUACGUAUGGGUUCAUUUCGUUCUUCCAACCGCUUCGUUUACACGGACACGCAGGUACACCAUUACGCAAGUCCUGUCCGUUCUCCUAGUCACUGCGGGAGUGAUUGUUGCAAGUCUCUCAGCUUCUACCGUCAAAUCACGCAAGCCACCUUCGGUGAACGUAUCUUCAGGAGACGUGAAGUCGACGACUGAACCAUCAUCAUCCGGCCUUCAAAUGUACCUCACAGGGAUUGGAAUCUUGACCCUCGCUCUCGUCCUCUCUGGAUUUUUGGGAAUCGUUCAAGACAGGACAUACUCACACUACGCCGCACCUAAAACAACUUCCCAGCCUUCCUCAUCAUCGACGAAGUCCGAGUCAAUCACCCCACCGACGCCACAACAACCUAAAGAUACCCGUCCCUCCACCUGGGAAGAGUCCAUGUUCUACCUCCACUUUCUCUCAUUGCCCAUGUUCCUUUUCGUUCGCAAUGACAUUACUUCACAAACUCAAUCUAUCCUCCGCAUUUCUUCUUCCUCCCCCUCCCUCGCCCAAUCUUUAUCGAGCUCAUCCCUUCUCUCCUCCCUGACCUCUCCAAAAUCCUCACCUCUAUCUUUCUCAUCCUCCUCUUUCCCCGGCCCAGGAUCACCCCUUCUUCCACCGCUCUCUCCACCUCUUCCUCUCCCUAUGACCUCCAAGACAGCCUAUGUCCUCCACACAACUUUAACCUUCCUCCUUCCCUACCUCAAUUCUAUCCCAUCCGCUCUCCCACUCCUCGUCCUCAACACACUCACGCAACUCCUCUGCACCGCGGGCGUCAACCGCCUCACGACGCGCGUGAAUAACCUCACCGUCACACUCAUUCUCGUCGUGAGGAAGGCUGUAUCCCUGAUUUUGAGCGUCGUGUUGUUCAGGAUGGGAGGGAAGGGUGAUGGUGGUGAGGGAGCGGGAGGCGAAGAAGAGGAUGUGGCGGUUUGGAUGAUGUGGCUCGGGGCUGGAUUGGUAGGCUUGGGGACUGUGGGGUAUGCGGUUGGUGGGAAGAGAAAGCCUGAGGUGAAGGAUAAGAAAGAGUGA